ACUCAUUAGUUUAGUAUCCGCAUCCAGGAGUUUCUGAGGUGCAACAGUUUGCUUCGAACUUCGAGCUAAGCAGAUCCGGAUAGAGCAGUCCAAUCAUUCCGUAGCAAUGAGCACAGACUCCAGCUCCGCAAAGUUCCACAUCGCAUACAACGACACUACCAUAAAGAAUUUCGAACUGCGCAACGUCUCAACUUGCCUAGGAUAUCUUCUUCCAACAUUACAAUCCCUCCCGCCAACUUUCUCCCUCCUCGAUGUCGGAUGUGGCCCAGGAAGCAUAACGUUCGAUCUAGCCCGCCGCUUCCCACAAGCCAAGAUCAUCGGUCUUGACCAAAGCGGCACCAUCAUAGAGCAUAACAAUGCAAACAUUGAAAAGAAUGCUCCCAACACCAACCUAGAUUUCCGCGUCGGCGACAUUCUCCGCCCAGAGUCCUUCCUGACCGCGGAUGAAAUCGGCAAUUUCGACAUCGUCCAUGAACACACGACGCUCAUCUGUAUACCAGACUCUGCCCCUGUCCUGCAACAGAUGAAAAUCCUGGCUAAACCAAAUGGUGGCAUCGUAGCAUGUCGUGAUGGCGACACGCAAUCACAAGUCGUAUGGCCGCCGUGCCCCGAGACGGAUGAGAUCCAAGAACGUAUUUACCGCAUGCGUGGUCUUGAGACGCAAAUGGGUCGUCGUUUGAUCACAAAGGCACUAGAGGCGGGAUUUUGCAGAGAUCAGAUAACGGCAUCGGCGAGCGUCAUGUCGAAUAUCACGCUAGAGGAGAGACAGGCCUAUGCGGGGUCCAUGCUGAAUAUGCUGGCUGAUGAGAAUUCAGAGUAUCGCAAAGCUGCGAAGAAGUUUGGAUACACAGAAGAACAGGUUGAAGUGUUAAGGGAAAGAAUGAGGCGAUUCAUAGCGGCAGAAGAUGCGUGGAGAUUGUUGAUAUGUACAGAGAUUAUUUGUGUUAAUCAACUUGAUAUUUGAACCCCUUUUACAUUGAAUCACCAAGAAAAGGCUUCGUCGAUCAAAAUGAAUGGCUGACUUUUCUUCGAAGUUCGCGCAGCCUUGAUGAGUUUGUAGCGAACAUCGUCGGCUAAGCCUGGUGGGCCGGAAACUAAGACUGCCAUAGGUCCCUUGCCACUGGCUUCGUGACGGACCAA